GCGGCGGUUCACGCAUGUUCUGUUUUUCUGCGACUCGUCAAGUCGUCAUCACUCAUCAGGACGAAUCGAACAGCUGAUGCGACGGCCCUACAAAGUGAAAGGAGAAAAGUUUUAAAAGUACAAGGUUUCUGCAACUGUAAGAAAGAACGUCGCUAUAAUCCCCUUGCUAUGAUCCUGUGCUCGGUAAAACUCUUGAAUGAUUUCAACUUCAACAAGGAAUCAUUCUCAAAAAAUCAAGGAUCCAUUGAAUCACGCUCUGGAGCUGAUAAAAAGGAUAAAAGAAGCAGAUGCUCUUUACCGUCUACUAACUGAUAAAAUAGAUGAGGAUGUUCUAAAAGCUGAUGGCUCAAAAUUAAAAGUCAUAGCAACAAUGUCUGUUGGUGUAAACCAUCUAGUCUACAUUUAAAAGCAAUAAAAUCCAGAAAUAUUCCAAUCGGUUACACUCCUGAAGUUUUAACCUACGCUACUGCUUUGCUAACUGACUAUGGCUCUGAUUUUAAUUCAAGAAGGAGCAGCUACUCCCAAGAAGCUAGUGCGAGCCAUGACAGAAUAUAGUGUCCGUAGUAAUGUCCAAGGAGUUCGAUUCAUUCACUUGGGAUUGGAUGGGUGAUGCAUCUUUUGCUAAUCCAGAAUCAUCUCAUUCAUGUAAGUGCUCCAGAUGCACAGCAACAGUAAUUGUUGGUAAGUUUUACAAAAUCAUCACAACUUUGCAGCUUUUAUCGAAUUGUCUUGCAAUUUUGAUUUUAUCACUAGUUAAUGAGCACAUGCAUCAAACAUUUGGAGAUGCAGUAAUCCAGUCAAGUCACACUUUGCUGGGUAGUGAAGUACGAUUAUCCACGCUGCCAUGCAUAGUAGGAACACCGCCAAAUCAUAUUAAGUCUGAAAUAGGCAAGAUCAUAUCUACAAGACUAGUGGACGAUGAAGCAACUCUGCAUCUGGGAAUUGAAAGCUUUAUGACUUUGCGCAUAAUAAUCCUUUCAUGUCGAUGCUGGGUUUGCAGUACACAGAAUGACAGUUAUAAAUUUCUGCAUCGAAAUGGACGUCACUGAUCAAAU